CACCAGAUACUUUUGCCUCCAUCUGCACAAGUCCAGCCCGUCAAGUUGCCUCCGCUCACCGCUUGUGCUCUGCAACCCAUAGAACCUGAUCCUUUGAUUCACCUUCUAUCUAACACGUGAGCUCGUUGCUGAGCCACCAGUGGCCAUCGGUCCAAACGAACUGAUCGCAGCCUUCCCCAUUCAUUGACCAAUACAAAUACCCUUCUCGCAGCACAUCACGCGCCCCUUAGCCUCGUUGUGUAGUGACUAUCGUACGAGGGUGGGAGAUCACCCACGACGCCCUCGCCCAAUUCACCCGCCUCAGCUAUAAAUUCCCCGGCGACGACAGAAGAUUCUACCUUCCGUGUCUUUUCGCGACUUUGUUUGUUGACACAAUCUACCAUUGAGCACUCAUAACUAGCUUUCCUUUGUCUCACAAGAGCCUACCUCUCGGACAACACCCCCAACCAUGUCACCAUCGGGGCCAUUUCUGGGCCCGGAUGAUGCUCUGCCCCUGCGGCAGAUGCAGGCUUCGAGGCGGCAUGGAGCGCGUCGAACGAAGACUCGCCAUGCAUUCCGGGCCGCAACUUCUUUAAAUCAGCUGAGGAAGGCCCAGGAAGUAGAGCAUGGCAUUGGCCUUCAGAAUCUCUACAUUGGUAUAGCUGUUGCCGAAGGCAUUGGCGGGACAAUCGAUGUCGGCUUCGCUUCCCACGAUGGGACCUACUCAAUCGACUUUGCGGUCACAACGCUCGGGGGCAAAAAUGGACUCAGCGGUACAGAUAGCGGACGAGACACCCCGGGCCUUUCUGGCGCACAGACUCCUUCUGGUGUUAUGACGCCAUCGGGUUUACGCACUCCCCUGCCGCCGGAAGAGCGCCCUAUGGUUUUAGCCGACUAUUUGGUGGAGAAAAUCACCGAAUAUCAACGGUCCCAUUUGUACAAGUUCGUAGGUGCUGGACUUACGAAGGAGGUGAUAGAAAUGAGCCCGGACCUGCCAGCUCGGCUUUGGGAAGAACUAGACAUUGUCCCAUUGGUUUUUGUUCGUGAGCCAGAUGAAGAACGUCCCCCGAAACUGGAACACAGCUCCAUCAUGGUUGAUGAAGAGGCGGAUUCCAUGGCGAGGAAAUGUCUAAUGUACUUCGGCCCCAACCAGCAACCACGUGUUCAAGUCUUCUUUCGGAAUCGGGUUGCCGUCGAUGCCAAUGGCCAAAUUCGGAUCACUGUCGCCAAGCAAUAUCCCGAAACAGUUGGGAAACGGACGUGGGAUGCAACCAUGCAGUACGCAAAUUCGCUGAAACAGAAUAAUGUCAAGAUCGCUUUCUUCAACAGCACACCACAGGGGGGUGGCGUUGCCUUGAUGCGGCAUGCGCUUAUCAGGUUCUUAGAUUUGAUCAACGUGAAUGCGGCAUGGUACGUCCCUAAACCAAAACCUGAAGUCUUCCGAAUCACAAAGAACAACCACAAUAUUCUCCAGGGAGUGGCGGAUCCCAAGGUCCGGCUUACGGACAAUCAAAUACACAUCCUCGAUGACUGGUGCAAGCAGAAUGCUGAACGAUUCUGGAUAUCAAGUUCUAGUGAUGGAAAGAAGGCUGGACCGCUUGCGCCUCGCUCAAAGGGUGGUGCGGACGUUAUCAUUGUUGACGAUCCUCAGAUGCCAAGCCUUGUGCAGAUCGCCAAACAGAUUGACCCAGAGCGUCCCGUCAUUUAUCGCAGUCACAUCCAGGUGCGGGCCGACCUUGCUGACCAGGAAGGGACUCCAACUUCCGAGGUUUGGAACUGGGUCUGGAACAAUGUCAAGGACGCUGAUGUCUUUGUCAGCCAUCCUGUGCGCGAAUUUGUGCCAAAUUCUGUUGAUUUCAAGAAAGUAGGGUACAUGCCAGCCACGACUGACUGGCUCGAUGGCUUGAACAAAGAGAUGAGCGACUGGGACUCGGAUUAUUACAUGCACGAGUUCGACACAGAGUGCUUCAAGAUGCGGAUGUUUCGUCUUGAUCACCCUCAUCGCAAAUACAUUGUCCAAAUUGCGCGCUUCGAUCCUGCCAAAGGUAUCCCGGAUGUCCUAGCCUCGUACGCUAAACUCCGCCGCGAGUAUAUGAAGGAUAUGGAGCGGGAGCAAACACCUCAGCUUGUUGUCGCUGGACACGGAGCCAUUGAUGAUCCAGAUGCUACAUUAAUCUAUGACCAAACUCUCAAUCUACUCGAAACCCAGUACACCGAUAUCAAGGAGGAUGUCAUUGUUAUGCGCCUUGGGCCAACGGAUCAGUUACUAAAUGUACUCAUAUCGAAUGCUCAUAUCGCACUCCAGCUCUCAACACGGGAAGGCUUUGAGGUUAAAGUCUCAGAGGCGUUGCAUAAGGGUAUACCUAUCAUUGCUACGAAGGCUGGCGGUAUUCCUCUUCAAGUCGAGCAUGGUAAGAGCGGGUAUCUGGUCGAACCAGGAGACAGCAGUGCGGUCGCGAAGUAUCUCCACUACCUCUUCACCGACCAGGAAGCAUACGAUACGAUGAGCGAGUACGCGGCGACGCACGUUAGUGACGAGGUUGGCACCGUCGGCAAUGCGCUUUGCUGGCUGUACCUGGCAGAUGUUCUGUCCCAAGGCAGGAAUAUUGAGCCAAAUAGUGCCUGGAUCAACGACAUGGCGAGAGAGGAGGCAGGCUUGCCGUACGAGAAGUCGGAGCCUCGUUUGCCAAGGGACAAAAAAUUAGAUCUCACUUCCCCAACAGAGGGGUAGACGGUGGAUAGUAGACGGUCUUUAGCGUUCUCUUACAUUCUUACUUUUGAUCUGCUGGUGUCGGGUGGUAAUGGUAGGGUCGGAAAAGUCUUCGGUGUUCAAUAAUUGCUUUAUCAUAGGUCAAGGGAUGUUGUUUGAUCUUCGGCUCGGAGUACGGUUUCUCCCUAAUUCUUUCAUUGAAUCUGUACAAAUACUAAAAGUCUCUUCUUC